GCAAACAAAAGUCUCAGCGCAACUUCCUCGCAUAGCUCAUUAGGAGAAAGAAACCUUUUCUCUCUUCUUUGUGUGUUGUUCGAUAGUUUCGUGGUGGGGUUUUGAUUUGAACUCUGUAGCAGAAGCGGAGAGAUGGAGCACGGUUCGUUCACGAAUGAUAGUUUUGCUUCCUUUACUCUAGCGGAAGAAGACCACACACUUGCUAACGCCGUUCGUUUCAUGUUAAACCAAGAUCCGAGAGUAACAUUUGCUGGGUACAGCAUCCCACAUCCUUCCCUUGAAUGUGUCAAUGUCCGAGUCCAGACCACAGGCGAUCCGGCGAGGGAGGUACUGAAAGAUGCAUGUCAAGAGCUCAUGCUCAUGAACAGACAUGUGAGGAGUGUCUUUGACAAGGCGGUUUCAGAGUUUAAGGUUGAACAAGCGCGUUUGGCCGCCGAGGAGGAGAAGAAUAAGAAGGCUGAAGAAGAAGAACUUAAGAAGCAGAGGGAUCUACUCGCGUCCAUGGAUAUUGAAAGCGAUUAAUUUUGUAUUCUCUCUAUAGCGUUUUAUCUUUGAUUUGUAUCCUCUACAUUUGUCAGACGACUCGUU